UGCUCUUCCGAAAUGCCAAGUCGAGAAUUUUAGGUGAAGUUCAGACUACCAUCAAGUCCAGGGCAACAAAUUUCGUAGCUACAGACAAGUUCAGUGUAUUGCAGGAAAUAACGCGAUACAAUCCGGCAACAAGCGCGUCAGCAGAAGGCUUUUUCGUGCCAUCAAAAGUAAAGCUGGCAGAUCCCUUCUUCGAUUCAGCUAAUGAAAUAUCUAUGCUGCUCGGAGUUAAUUUGUUCUUUAAGCUUAUCGUAGCAGGCCAAAUUAAAAUGGGCAUAAAUAAGCCAUUACUUCAAAAAUCUCUUUUAGGUUGGAUUGUUGUAGGUGAAUGUAUAACAAGUGAAAGGAAUGCCUUAAUUGUUAGUCGAGUACCAAGUUCCGACCAAGAGGAUACAAGAAAACUGCACAAGUUGGUGCAAAGAUUUUGGCAGUGUGAAGAGAUUUCACAGCCAGAAAACAGGUAUACAGAGGCUGAGCAGACGUGCGAAACGCAGUUUGUCUCAUCUGUGAGAAGGACAGCUGCUAAUAGGUUCGUGGUACGUCUGCCCUUUAAAGUACCCAAAGAGGAAUUAGGAGAGUCUUAUAGUAUUGCUCUCACCAGGUUUUUGAACCUUGAAAGAAAACUCAUUCGUAAUCCAGAACUCAAAAGGAGUUACACAGAAUUCAUAGAAGAAUAUCGGAUGCUGGAUCAUUUAGAGGAGGUAGGGUCUGAACAGGUACAGAAUGUUAGAUACGUGAUGCCUCACCACCCAGUAAUUCGACCAGAAAGCUCAACGACUAAAUUAAGAGUCGUAUUUGAUGCUUCAUGCAAGACGAGCAAUGGGCUCUCAUUGAACGAUAUCAUGUUAGUAGGCCCUACCUUGCAGCCGGACUUAUUCGAUAUACUCACUCGUUUCCGGUUCUACAAGUAUGCGCUUACAGCUGACAUCUCAAAGAUGUAUAGACAAAUCUUAGUAGAAUCUGGUGACUGUAAUUAUCAGUGUAUUUUGUGGCGACAAGAGCGUACUGAAGCUGUAAAGACACUGCGGCUGAAAACUGUAACAUACGGUACAAAUUCAGCACCAUUCCUGGCAGUUCGCUGCUUAUAUUAUUUAGCUGAGCAGGCUGGUCAUCAAUAUCCUUUAGCUAGUGAAGCAGUGAAGCGCAACUUUUACAUGGACGAUAUGCUCUGCGGAGCUGACUCCAUUAAUGAGCUAAAAGAGUUAAAACAGCAAGUGACAGAGUUGUUAAAGUUAGGGCGAUUUGAACUUCAUAAAUGGCGCUCUAAUUUCAAAUUUGCCUCUCAUGAUGAGAGCACCGAGCCGUUGGAACUUAAAGUUACCGACGCUGCAAAAACGCUUGGGAUACGUUGGGCGUCGACUAGUGACAAGUUCCAAUUCGCUUACGGUGCGCAGUGCUCGGACGUGGUCACUAAGCGCGUAGUAUUAUCGGAGCUAGCGCAAUUAUUUGACCCGCUUGGGUUUUUGAGCCCCAUUAUUAUAUUAGGUAAAGUUUUCAUGCAAGAGUUAUGGCUAUUGAAGCAGGGUUGGGACGAGGAUUUGCCACCCAGUCAUGCCAUACAGUGGAAAAAAUAUCGUAGCGAGUUAAAACUCAUACACGAAUGUUCGUUGCCUCGAGCUGUCAUCCCAAAUUCAGGGGAAAUAGACACGGUUGAGUUUUAUGGAUUUUCGGAUGCGUCCUGCCGUGCCUUUGGGGCAGCCAUAUACGCUCGGGUUAUAGACAAGCUAGGAACCAUAUCUGUCAAUUUGGUGGCGGCAAAAUCCAAGGUAGCACCAGUUCGUGUCACAUCGCUACCUCGUUUAGAACUUGAGGGCGCCAGACUGUUGGUCCAGCUGAUGGCCAAGGUUAAGAAGUGUGUUCCUAGAUAUGUUUCUAGCGUCAGGUAUUUCACAGACUCUACCAUCGUGCUUAAUUGGAUUGCCUCUCAUUCUAGCCGAUGGACCACCUUUGUUGCAAAUAGGGUCGCUUUAAUCCACGAAUUAUCUAGUAUAGAUGAAUGGUUUAAGAUAGAAUCGAAACUUAACCCAGCAGACAUAGUGUCUCGUGGUCUGCAUACGAGCGAAUUGAGAAACUCGUCGCUGUGGUGGAAAGGUCCUAAAUUCUUGCAGCAGCCAGAAGAGCAGUGGCCCGCGGUGCAUUGGAAUCGCUCUGAUUCACUUCCCGAGCAACGUAAUUCUAAAUUCACAUUAGUAGCCAGUCCCCAAAGGCUUGUGGAGGAUAUCGUUAGCAAAUGUAAAUAUGCAAGAGAUUUUGUUAAGUUGACUCGCGUGUUUGGCUAUAUUUGUCGCUGGCGUCGGGUCAUAUCAAAAAUUGAAUUAGCUAAAUCCAAGCCGCUGACAGCCUCUGAAGUAAAGGGUGGAUUAAACUACAUAAUAUUUAAUUUGCAAAGUUUGAGUUUUCACGAAGAGAUCGUAAAAUUGCACGAUGGCAAGCUUAUUCGAUCCGCGAAAAUACAAGCGCUCAAUCCGUUCCUAGACGUAAUUGACGGGAUAGAAAUUAUUCGGGUAGGUGGCAGGUUGUCUCAAGCUAAUGUACCAUUUGACACAAAGCACCCAAUUUUAUUGCCGAAUAAUCAUAUUGUUAUAACCGCUUUAUUUGAGUACACACAUCGAACUAAUAUGCAUGCCGGAGCGCAUGCAUUAUGCGCUUUUGUGCGACAAAGGUACUGGGUCAUUAAUGCUCGAAAGCUAGCUCGCAAGACAGUGCGGAGUUGCUUGGCAUGCUUUCGCCAGCGCCCAGUAGCGGCAAACCAGAUUAUGGGCUCGCUGCCAGCGAGCAGAGUACAAACGGGUGUGAAUCCGUUUCAACGAGCAGGAUUGGAUUUCGCCGGCCCGUUUUGGAUGCAUUUCCACCAGAGAGGACGACGUCCAACCAAGAUGUAUAUGUGUGUCUUUGUAUGCUUCCUGACAAAGGCUUGCCAUCUGGAGCUCGUGUCGGACCUUAGCACAAAUGCAUUUAUUGCCGCCCUCAAACGUUUUUUUGCGCGCCGUGGACUCAGCGCAGAGCUAUUUUGCGACAACGCCACAAAUUUUGUUGGCGCAGCUCGUGAAGUAAAAGAGCUGACUGAUCGUAUGUGGAACGAAACUGGCAAACGUCGAAUCGAAAACCAAUGCAGCAGCCUCGGGGUUCAAUUUCAUUUUAUACCCCCUCGCUCGCCCCAUUUUGGAGGGCUUUGGGAAAGCGCUGUGAAGGUGGCUAAGCAGCUGUUGGUGCGGUGCUUUAAUGGAACGGCGCUAGACUAUGAGGAACUCGCCACGGCCAUUGCACAAGCUGAAGCCGUUAUGAAUUCGCGGCCACUCUGUCCAUUGUCUUCAGACCCAAAUGACUUGGAAGCCUUAACGCCAGGUCAUUUCUUAAUCGGACGUCCGUUAAACGCUAUGACCGAAGCGUGCGAUGAGGAUAUUCUGAAAUUAUCAGUAACGAAUCGAUGGAAGAGAAUCGUAGCGGUGCAUCACUCAUUCUGGCGACGCUGGUCGCUGGAGUAUUUAACUUUAUUGCAAGAAAGGAGAAAAUGGGCAUCGACGUGCAACAAUCUACAACGCGGGACCUUGGUUCUUAUUGGAGAAGACAAUACUCCCCCAGGACAAUGGGUACUGGGUCGAAUCCAAGAAGUUCAUCCUGGCGCUGACGGAGCUGUUCGGGUCGUCACGGUGAAAACAAAGGCGGGAUUGUUUAAGCGGAAUAUACACAAGCUUUGCCCACUACCGAUAUCAGACUGACGAGAUGAUUGUUGGAAGGAGCUUCCAAGGCCGGGAGUAUGUUGACGCCGAAAGCUGAUAUAAGUUAAAGUUACAUUAAUUCCUCAUGGCCGGGAGAAUAUUUAUGUAAAUACCUUGUUAUAAUUAGUAGUAUUGUAAACAGAAUUGAAUUACUCAACCGAUAUUUCGUGGUUUAUGUAAAUAGCUGAAUGAUAAGGAACCCACAAAAUGUAAUUGAAAUGUAGCAGAUAUCGAAUGAAUUUGAGGUAUCGAUUGUGUGCAUAAAAAAGACACACGCCCACCCCUAGGCUAAGCACAUUAUUAUAAUAAAAUUCGUUUUCCGACUUAGUCGAGUCAGCA